CACACACGCAGAAAAAUCCAGGCCAAUCCCAUGUCGAGGAAUUAAAACAAAGUGUCGCUGCACCGACUCCCGGUCUGUCUGUGUUUGUGAUCCGAGCUUGCGCACUGAGCGCGUCUAUUGUCUGGUCAGCAGCAGCAGCAGCAGCGGCGGCGGCGAGGAGCGGAGAGGAGCGGAGAGGAGCGCCUGAUCUGAGCGCAGGGGAGCGGCUUCACUGUGACCCCGAUCUCCGGGGAGGGGGGCAGGAGGCGAAAGAGGAGGAGGAGGAGAAGAAGAAGAAGUGUCCUCUGGUUGGAGCUCACCGGACCGGACCAGCGCUCAGUGACGACGUCAUUUAUUUCCAAGACAGACCGUCUUUUAUUUUGAUUUAUUUAUUUAUUUAUUUUUUUGUCCUGGCGGUCAGACAGACAGCAACAGUUGUCACGAUGUCUGAGAUCAGAUGAGUGGAAGAGCGGCGGAGUGAAGACUGCGGCGCUCCUGCGAUCCGGACCAGCCGGGGUGAUUCAGCCGUCUGAAGCAGCUGGGACGGCGCGCAGGGGGGCGGGGAGGGAGGGGGGUGGUGGAGAGCGGCGUGCGUCUGCUUAACCUUGCGGGGAUUUUGGUUCGGCUCGGCGGCCACCCCCUCCGGUCGCGUCGAGGCUAUCUAUUUUUAAUUGUGAUAUAUUCAUUUGUCUGGUGGCUGGGGUGAAUCCAGACGUCGGGGCUGGCUCAUGUUCCGCUCGGCAGGGAAACGGGCUGUUGCGUCUGCGGAGAGUCAGAGCUGACGAGUCUGCUGAGACGCACGGACCGACGGACGGACGGAGAGACAGGCAGGCCGAGAGACAGACAGGAACGAGGGGAGGGAAGGGAAGCGGGGGUUGGGGGGGCACAGCCUGUUUGGGCUUUCUCGACCCCUUUACGGAUCGAGCCACCCAGAACCCCCGCCCGUUUCUCUCCCGCUUUGGAUGGGGGGGAAGCAGAGCACGGCAGGGCGGCCCCGGGGUGCUUUCCCCGGCGUCUCUUCGGAUGACAGCGCGGUGCCACCCUCGGCCCACUUCGGUCACUACCGGCCGAGCGGCACCAUGGGCCUGCGGAGCCGCUCGGUGAGCUCCGUGGCCGGGAUGGGCAUCGAACACAGUCCCGCCGUGCCCUUCGGCUUCUACACCCCGAGAGGGACGGACUCGGACCGAGCCGGAGGAGGGUCCGGGGGCACGACGGCGGCCCCCCACGGGACCGGCUACCAGGACUCCGGGGGCGGCGGGCAUCACACGGACGGGGUGCUCUAUUUGGGGUCCCGGGGGUCGCUGGCUGACACCUUACCCCUGCACAUUGCGCCCCGCUGGUUCAGCGCGCACAGCGGAUUCAAGUGUCCUGUCUGCUCCAAGUCUGUGGCGUCCAAUGAGAUGGAGGUCCACUUCAUCAUGUGUCUCAGCAAACCUCGCCUCUCCUACAACGAUGAUGUGUUGGCGAGGGAUGCCGGCGAGUGUGUGAUCUGUCUAGAGGAGCUGCAGCAAGGGGACACCAUAGCCAGACUGCCGUGCCUCUGCAUCUACCACAAAAGCUGUAUAGACUCCUGGUUUGAGAUCAAUCGGUCCUGCCCUGAACACCCCUCCGACUGACCCACCACCUGGCCCACUCUCGGUACUCUUCAAGGACAUAUUAGGUUCCUGCCAUGGACAUCUGGACACAGACGCUACCAAAUCUGAUUAAACAAUCAAAGCGAUCAUCGCAUACUCGCCGUGACGGAAUCCAUAGUCCUAUCAGACAACUGUUCCCUGUAAACUGAACCAAAAAGAAAAUGUGACUUUCCAACCAUCACACAUCAAAGGGCCUCUGUUAAGCUUUUCAUUUCGAAACCUGCUGAUGAUACUGCAUACAACGUGGAUCCUCUCCCGCCUCCCUUCAGACACCCCUCCAAAUCAAAGCAUGGUCUUAACAGGCCUCCCAUCUCGUCUCUGGAUCCAGGCCUGUCUGUAACUUGCGUCCAGUCCUCCCAUGGCCUUAAAGGGGUGGGGAUGGGGGGAGGAGGCAGGGCAGGGUGGGUGGAAGAGGAAAACGAACCACUUGAGGAUGAAGGAGAGGGAGAGGCAGAAAACUGCAAACAGACUUGUACAUUAUUCAGUGGGCCUCUCAUCUCACACAAACAGGACUCCAGCUUGGUGGUGAUCUCUCAUAAAAGACUGCCUCACAGUGCGCUCCUCUUUCAUAGCCCCCGCCUCAGUUCUGCUUACCUUCCGCACCAGAUUAAUAACAUCAGAAAGUACAUAAAAUGCUUUUCAGAUCAGGUCAGUGCACAUCUGAACAGGAAGAGAGAGGAACUGGCACGUCAGCCUGUCCGGUGUGUUCGCUUGGUCUGAAGAUGGGUGUGGUGGUGUGGAGAAGAGGAAGGGUCUGCACAUGCUCAGUUUCUCCUCAGUCCAGACUGGGAGGAAGCAAUGUAGUUUACGCCCUUAAAGCGUGUGGCUGUGUGUGUUUAUGGUUGGGAUGCUUCAGUGUCAGGCUUCACCGGAAUGGGUGUGCUUGUCCUUGGAUUGUGACAGGUUACUGAAGCCGUGUGUGUGUGUGUGUGUGUGUGUGUGUGUGUGUGUGUGUGUGUGUGUGUGAAAGAUUGUUGUAGAGGGCUGACUGGGACAGCGCUGUGUGUGUCUCUGUAUUGAAAUGUUUACAGUCUAGAUGUUCCCUGUGUGUGCAACUGGCAGUCCUCCCUUUACGUUGCUAAUGUUUACAGCUGCAGAAAAGCAACAUGACAUAUUGUAAAUUUCACUUGUAACCUCUCUCAGUUUUCUCUAUCAGAUCUGCCAGAUUUUUCAUGUGAAAAUUAGUCAUUUCUUAAAGAGAGAGCCUGGAGUGAGCGCGAGCGCGAGACUGUGUCCAUUCAUAUGACUGUUUGCAUGGAAGGAUUACUGAGUGGAACCAGCCAGGUACUGAACCAGAAGAGCCAAGCAACAGAAAACUUAUUAGUGUUAGGUAAUGUUCUUGCUUAGGAAAGGUCAAAACCAUCAAAAGAACCAACAAACAAAUGCUUGAAAUGUCUGUCAACACUUAAUCUGUUUAACACAGAUGCAAUAAAUGAGUUUCACAUUUUUUUAAUGACUUUUUUUUUUACUUUUCAUUUUAAAUAAAUAUUUUAGUUUGCACCCAUAAAAAUGAACAACCAAUGCAUUUGUUAAUAUGUCCUUUAAGAAUUUCAUAAAAUUUCUCCGAACUCAUAAAAUUUGCUCUGAUUAUCCACCUGAUCUAGAAAUUUAGAAUUAAAACUGAUAAAAACAGCAAAAGUCAUAAGAGUCAAAUAAAAAUGUACAACAUUCGUUACGUCCAACUAUAACUAUUAUCACUAUUAUGAUUAAAAUAUCAGGGUAUUUCUUGUUGAACUGCAGACUAUUUCUAUGUUUGGGACUGAUUUUGAUUUAAUUAUGAUUUAUCUUUUAAAAAGGCUUUUCUGAAAUUCUAACAUUACCAAAGUCACAGGGAUUGAGACACCGUAAAACUAGAGGGACAAGGAAACACUGAUGUCAAGAAUGCCUUCGAGGUAUCUGGAAAAGACAUCUCAUGAAAAGGUCAAAUCUGACUGCUUGUGGUCACUACGUCAAAUUGCUGUCAGCUUGUGACUUCAAACUUGACCCUCUGUUGUUUCUAUCUAUAUUUGAGGACUUUUAUUUUCAAAUAAGAAAGUACGAGUUUCCCCCGAAUGACCUGAAAACAGACAUGUACUUAUAUAUCCCUGAUUGGUACAAAAAAUCCCAGGGCAGUGGCAUCUUUUUAUAUCUGAAACGGUUGAGUAUAAUAUAACUAAAUCUGCAAACAUAGGAAAUUGAAAAUGACCUGUUCCCUCCUCCAACAAGGAAGAGCGAAAGAUAAAAGAUAAAGGUUCCUAAGAAAACUCGACCGUCACUAAAAGCAAAACAGGCUGCAAAAAGACUCUGCAAGGACCUUUACACAUUUUUAAAAGUAAAUAAACAAAAAUUAGGACGCAUAAGGCAACUGCAUUUGGAUUCUUCAAAAUGACUUUCUCAGUCCUCUUUUCCUUCUUCUGUUCCCUGGUUGCUCCGUUGGCUCGUAAUCCCUCCAUGACUGUUUGCGCAUGUGUGUUUGCAAAUCAAAAGGGGGCCUCUUGGCCUCUGCUACAGUCGGCUCCCCCACAUUGUGUUCCUGCUGGAAACAGAUGUAUCUGUCUGCGACUGGAGAUGCGAGGCACUCGGACCCUCAAAAGGACUCUUGUUGUUCCACUGUGCAGCCGCUGAACGGGGCUUAUUUAUUCAUUUGUUCAUAUUUAACAACAUUUGUUUAAUAUUCCAAUCAUGUGAGGUGUUACUCACUCUUCAGAAUGCCAAGAGCUGAUGUGUGAAGACUACUACGAAUCAACGUACAAACUGCAUUUACAAAGCUACUGUAAACAAAUGGUGGAAUAAAUUGUGCUAGAUGAAAAAAGUA